AGCCAUGCAAAAGACAUGGCAACUGUUGCUAUAAUUAGCAGAAUUUUGACCUAGUCUUUCCCUUUUCCUAGCUCCAUGGAUUUUGAGAUAGAUGAUGAACUAAAAACAAGCAUGGUGGCAAAAACUUUCUUCUGUUUUUCUGACAAGACCAGACGUAUUGUUUUCUUGUGCACCUAGGCUAAGCUUUUGAGAUUGGUACUACCCUUCUAAGAAUUCCACUCAUAUUCUUAUGCUGGUUGAAGAAUUACAAGGGAGGCAUGAUGGGCUGCUUUAAAUGUUGCAUAUCGAAGGAAAGAUUAUGCAAAAAGUCACUGAAAAAAAGCAUUAAGGAAUACCAUGAUGCCAGAACUUUAGCCUCAUUUGCUAACAUCUCAUUUAAGACAGAUAGCAGCAGAAAAAGGUACAUUGCUGAAGAAAUCAGGCAAAUUGGGAAGGGAAAUAUAUCUGCUGAUAUUUUCACUUUCCGCGAUCUAACUACGGCAACAAAGAACUUCAACCAUGAAAAUCUGAUAGGCGAGGGUGGUUUCGGGAGGGUGUACAAAGGGAUUAUACAGAAAACAAAACAAGUUGUUGCUGUUAAGCAACUAGACAGAAAUGGAUUUCAGGGAAACAGAGAAUUUCUUGUAGAAGUUUUAAUGCUGAGUCUUCUUCACCACCCUAACCUUGUCAGCUUGGUUGGAUACUGUGCCGAUGGUGACCAGAGGAUUUUAGUGUAUGAGUACAUGAUUAAUGGCUCCCUUGAGGAUCACCUUCUUGAGUUGGCACCAGAUAAAAAGCCAUUGGAUUGGAAUACAAGGAUGAAAAUAGCUGAAGGGGCUGCAAGAGGGCUUGAAUACUUGCAUGAAUCAGCAAAUCCUCCAGUAAUAUACCGUGACUUCAAAGCAUCAAACGUAUUAUUAGAUGAGAAUUUCAACCCUAAGCUCUCAGAUUUCGGGCUGGCAAAGCUCGGACCGACCGGCGACAAGACACAUGUAUCCACCAGGGUGAUGGGGACUUAUGGUUAUUGUGCUCCUGAAUAUGCUUUGACAGGACAACUGACAGCGAAAUCCGAUGUCUACAGCUUUGGAGUAGUGUUUUUGGAGCUAAUCACAGGAAGACGAGUCAUCGACAAUUCAAGACCAACUGAAGAGCAGAAUCUAGUUUCUUGGGCAACGCCAUUAUUUAAAGACAGAAGAAAGUUUACACUAAUGGCAGACCCUUUGCUACAAGGCAACUACCCUUUAAAAGGUCUGUAUCAAGCUCUUGCAGUUGCAGCUAUGUGUCUCCAAGAGGAAGCUUCUACUAGACCAUUAAUGAGUGAUGUUGUAACAGCUCUAGAAUUUUUAGCAGUACAUAAUGAUGCUGCUGAGGAGAGGGCAGUAGAUGAUGAUGAUAUCAAGAAACCUUCUCCUGAUAGUGAUAGUGAUUAAGAUCCAAUUGUGCUUCAUAGCUCAGCUAACUGACGAACAGGGAUGUAAAAUCUGAAGUGAUGCAUGGAUUAAUUAAA